AAAAUUUAGCACCUGAAUAACCCGGAUGUAGUUUCAAGUGGAGUAGUGCGUUUUCUUGCACGAUAAUACAACCUCCACUUUUAAACGGAUUAUUAUAGUAGUUUGCAUUUCUACUGUAAUCGUCGAGGGCACAUAAUAGUGCAUAUAAUAGUUUACACAUAAGUAGCAAUAAUUGUGCUUCAACUAUGUCGGUCGUUCCACCCAACCGAUCAUCAACCGGUUGGCCCCGUGGAGUCAAUCAAUUCGGGAAUAAAUACAUCAGUCCGCCAGCCAAACCUCUAACCCUUGAGAGAACCAUCAACCUGUACCCGCUUACGAAUUACACAUUUGGUACAAAAGAACCUUUGUAUGAGAAAGACAGUUCUGUAGCUGCUCGGUUCCAGCGAAUGCGUGAAGAAUUCGAGAAGAUUGGAAUGAGGAGGACGGUGGAGGGAGUCCUCAUUGUACACGAACACAGAUUGCCUCACGUUCUCUUGUUGCAGCUUGGAACUACGUUCUUUAAACUGCCAGGUGGAGAGUUGAAUCCAGGUGAAGAUGAGGUGGAAGGCCUAAAACGUUUGAUGACAGAGAUUUUGGGGAGGCAAGAUGGAGUAAAGCAAGACUGGGUGAUUGAUGACUGCAUUGGAAAUUGGUGGAGGCCAAACUUUGAGCCCCCACAGUACCCCUACAUUCCUGCACAUAUAACCAAGCCCAAAGAGCACAAGAAACUGUUCUUAGUACAGCUACAGGAAAAAGCACUGUUUGCCGUGCCUAAGAACUACAAACUGGUGGCAGCGCCUCUGUUUGAACUCUACGACAAUGCUCCAGGCUACGGACCCAUUAUCUCCAGUCUCCCACAGCUGUUAAGCAGAUAUACACAGGAGCUGUGUUAAAUUCCUUAUGCUAUAGAUAGGGGAUUUCUCACCGCAGCCAGUCAACAACCAGGCCUAUUUACCAUCAAAAACAAAAAUCACCAACAAAGCAACAUUUAUGGGCCAAAAAAAACAUCGCCAACAGAGCAGCCUUCAAGUAUCAAGCAGGCACCUUCCUCCAUCAGAAUUUCGUUGAAUUAGGCCCACCACAACCCCAGAAGGCUCAACAAUGGUGUCUGAUGUCUCAGACCCACCCCCCCUCCACACUCAUGAUGGGUUCUCUAUCAACGAAACCAACCAAUUCUUCGGUCGUUCGUCUUCGUUGCUGUGGCUGUUUAUGAUCCGAUAAGCAACAUGACCACAAACCCUUGAUCCGGGCACCCACAAAUAUCAACAAAUUCUUCAGUCAAUCCCAUUUGUUGCUGUGGCUGUUUAGGAUCCGAUCGGCAACAUAACCAAACAAAACGCUAGCCCUUGUGUGGGCACCCACAAAUACCAACAUUUCUCUUGCUGUGGCCGUUUAUGAUCCAAUCAGCGGCAUAUCUAGACAGACCGCAAGCCCUUGAUGCGAGCACCGACCGAUACCGACAACUGAUGUAUUCUGAGUUGGGCAUGAACUUUUUGCUGGAAGAAUGUAGUCCCAUGUCAUUCUCAGUGGUGAUGUUUGUUUGUUUUCU